AUGUCCUCAUUGAUUGAUUAUAAUCCAAAUAGCAAGCAAAUUAAACUAACUUCCGAUAUCAAAGAUAUCUAUGGUACUAAUACCGAUAACACAGCGCUUGAAAUUAACAUUAAUCAAAUAAAUGAGCUAUCUAACUCAUUGAUCCAUAGUACCCUGGCCUUGGGAAAAAUAACACCUGAACCAAAUGCUAAAAGCACAACUUUGAUUAAAGGUAUGUUUAGUAAAAGUAUCGAAGCUUUACAGAAAAAAAAAUAUGAGGAUGCUCUAAAGUUUGUUACUUUAAGUAUAGAUAUGAUGUUAAAGGCACGUUCUUAUUAUGAGGCCUUUGCUAUACAAAUGCAAGAGUUGCAAUUUAUGAUGAAACAUAAAGUCGAUUUAACAUUGGCUUUAUAUUCACAAAAAUAUGCUAAAAACAAUACUACUGCAGAAAGUAGCAGUACAACUGAUGAUGGCCAGGAUAUGCUAAUUUUAUGUUUACAAGAUUUAGAAAUGCUCUGUUCAUUGGGCUUGUUGGCAGAUCCACAAAUAAGUUUACGUAAAACAGAUGUUUAUAUGAAAUUGGGUGAGUUUAUUAAGGCUAAAGCAGAAGCUGAACGUGGUCUAGCUUUGGUUACUGAUUUGCUUACUUCUCGUAAAGUUGCUAACCCUGCUCAAAUCAAAGAUUUAAGUCUGAAGUUGAAAUUAUUAUUUGUCAGUGCUGAACGUGCUAUCUUGAAGGAAAAUGGCGAUUUAUAA